CUUUGACCUAUCUCGUAUUUGCGCAAGCGCACAUCAAUCAAAUUACCGGAAAUUUGAACGUGUAUGUUCGGUGUGGAGAAGAAUCCUAUUUUUACAGACCUGUGAUUAAUUCGUUGAUACAAAAUGGCUGUCAAUGUUAUAUCAACAUCAGUGACUACUGAAAACAUCAGCAGACAUGAUAUGGUUAGAUGGGUCAAUGACAGUUUGCAAAUGAACAUCUCAAAGGUGGAGAAUCUCUGUAGUGGGGCUGCGUAUUGCCAGUUCAUGGACAUGCUUUUUGAGAACUGUGUCGCAUUGAAGAAAGUGAGGUUUGAUGCCAAGCAGGAGCAUCAGUUUAUUGAAAACUUCAAGAUGUUACAGAAAGCCUUCAAGAAAUGCGGGGUAGACAAGGUAAUUCCUAUACAAAAGCUUGUCAACGGGAAGUUUCAAGACAACUUUGAAUUUGCACAGUGGUUCAAGAAGUUCUUUGAUGCAAAUUACAGCGGUCAGGAAUAUGAUGCGGUAGCAGCAAGGGGAGGAGCAUCGGUCGGAGGAACAGGAGGUCCAAAGAAAGCCGCUCCAGCGAUGAAAGCCAAAACAGGUCCAGCAGCACAACCCACUAGAAAACCAGCAGCAUCGAAACCAGCACCCUCAAGACCAGCACCUUCAAAACCAGCACCUUCAAAACCAGCUGCGUCAAGUAAAGCUGGAGCAGUAACAAAUGCACAGGUCACAGAUCUUCAAUUACAGGUUGAUGAAUCAUUAGUCACAAUAUCUGGGCUAGAAAAGGAGAGAGAUUUCUACUUUGGAAAGUUACGGGACAUCGAAGUCAUCUGUACAGAAUUUGAAGAACAACCACACAGUGGCAUCUCAAGAAUAUUGGAAGUUUUAUAUGCAACAGAGGAUGGAUUUGAGCAACCGGAUGACGAAGGCGACGCUGGCGGCGUCGACUACCAACCAGAGGAGAUACUGGAUCAAGAGCAGGAGGAGUAUUGAACCAGUCCUACCCUCGACCAGAACAUUUUAUUUGGGUAUAGUUAGAAAAUCGAUGAUGCCUCCAUCACAGGGGAAGAGAAGUUUGUACAUAUAUCUAUUACAUAAAUGCGUAUGAUUGUUGUAUGAUAAGGACUUGUGUGAGAGAGGCUUCAGCUAUCCUUAUGUUGUAGAUCUAGUAUUUAAAAGUCGUCCUGAAGCUUAACAAAUGACAGAAGUUUAGUAGAGAAAGUGGGUGCAGUGUGGCAAUUACCUUUGGCGAUGAGUAGCUGUCUGCCUAGCCUACUCAGCCCGGAUGCAUGCUUCUUGGGUAAAUAUUCUCUUCGUAAGUCUGGUUUAUAGAGUUCAUUGAAAAACAAACUGUACAAUUAGGCACAUCAAACUGUAUAGUUGGGCACGUCAAAAAUGUACAGUUAGGCACCUCAAACUGUACAGUUAGGUACAUUUGAGUACGACCACAAACUGUGUAGUGUACAUAAUUCACCAUGGUAACUGUCAAACAAUAGUUGAUAAUCAUUCUACUGAAUAAGGUCACAGUCAGUUUUCAUCUCUUGUAUUUACAAAAAUACUAUAUGUUAUCAGUGUGCUCUUUGCUUUGCCCAAUGAUUUCUGAAGUCACCAAAUUUGCAAUAUCCACAAAUUCGGUUUAUUUUCAUCAAAACCCAAAAUAGAUCCCAAUGUUUGUUUUUUUCUAUAAACCUACUAAAUGAAUCAAUAGUAUGGCAGACAUAGUUUCAUCAAUGAUGGUUAGAGACAGUGAUUUUCCGUCUAAAAAAAUGGUCUUUUCCGUUUCUUAAAAUCUGCAAUUCCAUUUCAACUUGAUCUAAAAAUGGAAAUUCCAUUUUGUGAAUGAAAAUGUACACAGCAAAAACCUGUAUUCCAUUUUGUAAAGGUGAAUUCCAUGAACUUUUUCAUGAAAAGUAUAAGAACCAAACGGAAUUUGUUUUAUUUACCGGUAAAAUGGAAAAUCGCUGUCCCUAGACGGUCUUGUCAGCGGAGCACCGAACUACCAGUCCUGUCAUUGUAAUACACAUAUGUACAUGUGUACUAUUAUUCUGAAGACAAUCGGCCCAAGUAUUUCCUGGUU